AUGUUUCCAGCGGAGCGCAGCGGCUCCAAGCGAUUCUGUGGUAUAGAGACAAGAGCGAUCCCUACGAAGGGCGCUGUCUGCCGCAGCCAGGACAAUGGCAGACAGCGGGGAUCGUUUCUCUUCAUUGUGAAAGAAGCUGUCAUAUGCGUAAUUCAGGACGGGGACGACGUUCAGCGUGCCUUCACGUCAACGCAUUGGCUGUUCUGGAUACAGAACCCGUAA